AUGCAUGCAGCGGCUGUAAGACACGUUGGCUACUCUGUCGAGCUAGGUCUGGCAGUCAGCGGCGGCUGGGACGGCGCUGUCCGCGUCUUCGAUGUCCGCAAUGGAGGCAACGCCCAGAUCCACGAGGCCAAACUGCCAGGAAAAAUCUUCGGCUUGGAUAUGCAUCGUCACCUGCUAGCAGCCGCGACAUCUGAGCGCCAAGUGGCUGUCUACGACCUCCGGAACUUCUCCCAGCCAGUCGUAAGCAAGGAGAGCCCGUUGAAGUAUCAGAUGCGCUGUGUCGGUGUGUUCCCCGACCUCACGGGAUACGCGCUGGCGUCUGUCGAAGGUCGAGUGGCUUUGGAGUAUCUAGAGGACGACCCUGCACACAAACGCAGCUAUGCGUUCAAGUGCCACCGAGGCAAAGUGGACGACCAGACGCUCGUGUAUCCUGUGAACAGCAUCGCGUUCCAUCCGACGUAUGGGACGUUCGCUACGGGAGGUUGUGAUGGCGUUGUGAACCUGUGGGACGGCGCUAAUAAGAAGAGGAUAACGCACUUGAGGCAGUACCCGACCAGCAUCGCAGCGAUGGACUUCAACCGCGACGGAUCGAUGCUGGCGAUUGCGGCUUCGUACACGUACGAACAAGGCGAGAAAGACCACCCGAACGACGCGAUCUUCCUUCACACUGUGCAAGACGCGGAGAUGCGACCCAAGAAGAAAACUGCGGCGUAG